AUGGCGUUGUCCCCCAUUAUUACCGCCACGAUACAAUCCACAGUACUAGCUGCCAUCGCGAACUUCCUUGCCCAAUUCUUCAGAUCCUACCGGCUAGAUAUCCGCAUCUUCAUAGACUGGGUACCGGUGGUCCAGUUCAUGAUCCUCGCGCUCCUAACAACCCCACCAAAUUAUCUAUGGCAGGAGUUUCUGGAGUCUGCCUACCCAGCUCAUGAUCCGGCUCCCCCGUCCAAGCCAAAGGCCGAAAAGGAACGCCAACCCGCGCAAACUAAGGAUGCUACCCCCUAA